GUGUGUAAUGUGAUGUGCUGUGAUGAAUGUGUGGGUUUGUGUAGGUGGUAGACCAGGAGCUGAUGUCAGAUUUCUUCCUCUGUCAUUCCUAACCUUAUUAUUUCUAAGACUGGAUUUCUCAAUGAUUCUGGAACUUUGCAUUUCAGCUAUGCAGCUGGCAAGUAAGCAAGCUUCCAGGAUCUGCCUUUUUCUGUUCCCAACUCUUAGCCCUGCAGUUACAGAGGCAUGCAUGCUGCUGAGUCCAGAUGUGUGGAUACUGGUUAUGUUGGAGUUCAAGUACUUGUUAUAUGUAACCGGAAGUGAAGAUUGUUCAAUGCCUUGCUGAGAAAGAAAAGCUCAGUCCUCCAAACGACAACGAAACAAAACAAAGCAAGAUACAAUAAGACAAGGCAAAAUCCCUCAGACUGAAGCUGGACAGGGAAAAACCCAAGAGGAGGCAAGAAGUCUCGAGAGCAGGCAAAGGAGUCCCACGAAACAGCCAGGAGGAAAUAUACCAAUUUGUCACAUUCCUCAGAGGAAAGCAAGAAACCUUGGUUCAAACUUCGGCUGAAUCACAACCAUUUGGCGCUGAGCUAUGACAAGAGAGCAAACAAAAAGUUAAAGGAGCAGCCCGGCCAUAAGUGAAGAGAGAAGUUUAUUGAUAACAUGCUCUUACGAAGCUCUGGAAAGUUAAAUGUGGGCACCAAGAAAGAGGAUGGUGAGAGUACAGCCCCCACCCCUCGGCCCAAGAUCCUGCGUUGUAAGUGCCACCACCACUGUCCCGAAGACUCAGUCAACGAUAUCUGCAGCACAGAUGGAUACUGCUUCACGAUGAUAGAAGAAGACGACUCUGGAACGCCUGUUGUCACCUCUGGAUGUCUAGGACUAGAAGGGUCAGAUUUUCAAUGUCGCGACACUCCCAUUCCUCAUCAAAGAAGAUCAAUUGAAUGCUGCACAGAAAGGAACGAGUGUAACAGAGAUCUCCACCCCACUCUGCCUCCCCUCAGGGACAGAGAUUUUGUUGAUGGACCCAUACACCACAAGGCCUUACUUAUAUCUGUGACUGUCUGUAGUUUACUCUUGGUCCUCAUUAUUUUAUUCUGUUACUUCAGGUAUAAAAGACAAGAAGCCCGACCUCGGUACAGCAUUGGGCUGGAGCAGGAUGAGACAUACAUUCCUCCUGGAGAGUCCCUGAGAGACUUGAUUGAGCAAUCUCAGAGCUCUGGAAGUGGAUCAGGCCUCCCUCUGCUGGUCCAAAGGACCAUAGCUAAGCAAAUUCAGAUGGUGAAGCAGAUUGGAAAAGGCCGCUAUGGCGAAGUGUGGAUGGGAAAGUGGCGUGGAGAGAAGGUAGCCGUGAAAGUGUUCUUCACCACAGAGGAAGCCAGCUGGUUCCGAGAGACAGAGAUCUAUCAGACAGUCUUGAUGAGGCACGAGAACAUCCUGGGGUUCAUUGCUGCAGAUAUAAAAGGGACUGGGUCGUGGACUCAGUUAUAUCUCAUCACAGACUAUCAUGAAAGUGGUUCUCUCUAUGACUACCUGAAAUCCACCACCCUAGAUGCAAAGGCCAUGCUGAAGCUAGCCUACUCGUCUGUCAGUGGCCUGUGCCAUUUACACACAGAAAUCUUCAGCACUCAAGGCAAACCAGCCAUUGCCCAUCGAGACUUGAAAAGUAAAAACAUCCUGGUGAAGAAAAAUGGAACUUGCUGCAUAGCAGAUCUGGGCCUGGCUGUCAAGUUCAUUAGUGACACAAAUGAGGUUGACAUCCCACCUAACACCCGGGUUGGCACCAAGCGCUAUAUGCCUCCAGAAGUGCUGGACGAGGGUUUGAAUAGAAACCAUUUCCAGUCCUACAUUAUGGCCGACAUGUACAGCUUUGGACUCAUCCUCUGGGAGAUUGCAAGGAGAUGUGUUUCUGGAGGUAUAGUAGAAGAAUACCAGCUUCCCUAUCAUGACCUGGUGCCCAGUGACCCUUCUUAUGAGGACAUGAGAGAAAUUGUGUGCAUGAAGAAGUUACGACCUUCAUUCCCCAAUCGAUGGAGCAGCGACGAGUGUCUCAGGCAGAUGGGGAAGCUUAUGACAGAGUGCUGGGCACAUAAUCCUGCCUCCAGGCUGACGGCGCUGAGAGUUAAGAAAACACUUGCCAAAAUGUCAGAGUCCCAGGACAUUAAACUCUGACGUCAGAUACUUGUGGACAGAGCAAGAAUUUCACAGAAGCAUCCUUAGCCCAAGCCUUGAACGUUUAGCCUACUGCCCAGUGAGUUCAGACUUUCCUCUGGGAGAGCACACUGGACAGACAUAGAAGAACCCAGAAACACAGAUUCAUCGUGGCUUUCUGAGGGGGGCAAACUGUUUGGGUAACUUGUUCAAGAUACGAUGUAUGUUGCUUUCUAAGAAAGCCCUGUAUUUUGAAGUACCAUUUUUUUUUUUAAAAAGAAAGAUACUUUAAUUUUUACCAAAAUAAAACAAAUAUUGUAGAUGUUUUAAGGUUUAUACAGCUAUAGUUUAAAUACUAACAAAAUUUCUUCCUAGAAAUGUUCCUGGAAGUCAAAGUGUUCUUCCAUUGGCAAAAUACUCUCAAACAGAACAGCCUGAGAACAUAAAUUAGAAUUCAACGUACUUGCUUCCCUGCCCUAGACACCUCAGAGUGUUUGGGUCAGCCCUCCUCUGGGCUGCCAGUGCAGUGUGAAUGCACACCCAUACAAGUCCCACCUGCCUGGGACCACAAGUUGGAGUCCUCAUGCACCUUCAGCCAGAGUAGAGCAAAUGAAGGGUUUAUGUCACUAAUGGGAUUAUGUGUUGGUGGGUUCUUCAGAGCCACUCCUGCUUCUGGGUAUGUUAGGCAGCUCUUCAAGGCAAUGCCUCCCCCGCUUUCACUAAACACCAGCAAAGCUUUCUCAUGAGCAGAGACUCGACAUGUGCCUGCUUUUGUUCUCAUAAAUCAGAAGAUCAAUAUUAAAUAAAAGUGUCACGAGUGUGGUAGAGAGAGACUUUAAAAUGGAAGUGAUUUGGGCUAGUGUUAUAUAGAAGACACCAGUGAGGCAGAGCAGAGGCUGAAGGGGCAGCAGGGAGAUGGCUUAUUCCUUCUCUGUGCAUAAGAACCCAUCACAGUAGCACAGGAGAGAAGUGUACACGUCACAGUUUGUAUAGAUAUGUAUAGCUUUAUGUUGUGUUUUCUAAAUCUCUAACUUCAGAGACAGAGAGGAAGCAUCUGAUCUGUGGGGUCAAUGUCCUUAAACUUUUAAUUUAAAAAUAAGCACAGGAAAGUUGAUGAGGUCAUCAAACAUCAUGACUGCUGUGAUUUCUUCUAGAAUAGAUAUAUGGAUCUGGUAUGGACCUCUUACCUGGCCAUUUCACAUCCUAGGUACGACUCAUUUAUUCUCAUGUGUAUUUCACUACUAAUUUAUUCUGUGUCUCUAGUAUACAUGUGCACAAAACAUCUUGUGAUUCAGUCCUGUGAGGUCUUAACUCUUGACUAUCUGUGCAAAAUACCGUUAUUCCUUAGAAACAGGACUGCAAUAAAGUGUAAAAUGGCACACGGCCCUCUCAACUUUCUUCACGUAGUUCUUCACUGUGUUUCUUUCAUAAUGAUUAGAAAUUGCCGACUGGUUAUUAAGAAAGGUCAAAGUACUUCCUUUGCCUUAGAAAAUGACAUUCCUUCUAGAAUCCUCCAGGGGGCAGUGUUUUUCUAUGCAUCUCACGGCUGGGCGCUUGAACGAUGGAGACCUUAGGAAAUAUUGACAGCUGCAUGAGAAAUGAGGAAAUGUUUUACCCUUUUUCUGGAGUAGAUGUUCAGCUGGUGGGCUGUUCAUCUGGAAAAAAAUCCUGGAGCUCAGUGCCUUUGAGCUGUAUGUGGAGUUUAGGAGAACUGUAAAGAGAAGCACCCCUCCGCUUUCUAAUUCACUGCAUGGUACAGCAGGGCCACACUUUAGUGUCCGCUAAGAUAGAUUUUCUCAGUUCUUGAAUUUGAAAAGAUAAAAACAACUGGUUGUUAAUUUAACGGUCAUCACAUUUUGCUCUUACUGAAGCCAAUGCAAGCUAAGCCACUGAAGAGUCCUUUUUCUGUUAAAUUAUAUUUGCUACAGUUUUUCCAUAUAUUUCUACCUAAGUGUGGCAGUAAUCUGAGCCUGGGAGAACAACCUUAUUGCCUCUUAGACAGAUCCAUCUGAAAACACCUAUCUAAGCAUUUUGCCAGUUAAAAGUGGGUAUGCUUUGAUUUUUAUUUUCUGGGUUUUUCUUAGGUUUAAGUGAGGUUGUGGGGACCUCUUAGGUCAAACUGUAUUCUCUCUCUCUCUCUCUCUCUUUUUUUUCUUCGAGGCAGGGUUUCUCUGUGUAGCUCUGGCUGUCCUGGAGUUCACUCUGUAGACCAGGCUGGCCUCGAACUCAGAAAUCUGCCUGCUUCUGCCUCCCAAGGGCUGGGAUUAAAGGCGUGCGCCACCACUGCCCGGCCAAACUGUAUUCUUUUAUUGGUAGAUUUUAAAAUGUGGGCAACUUUAAAUCAGAAUGUUUUGUGAUGAAGCUGUUGAAGAUGUAAAGUGUUCUAGAUUUCUAGGGUUCCUGUGAAAAACGGGGAGAAAUUUAAAUGUCGAAAUUUCAUCUAUAUGGUUCUUUUUAUUGCUUUGGGGAAAAAAAAGACGCUUAUUUGCUAAUUAUCAACCUUAUUUAUUCAGUAUGAAAAUCUUGAAAUUAUUGAGAUCCUUUAAAAGAUACACUCAGUUAUUAUGAAUUUUCAAUAAGAAUUUAUAAUUUAUUUAUGAAUAUAAUUUCUGUCUUAUGAAAACCUAAUUGAUACAACCAAGUUGUUGUUAAGGACUACCUGUUGACUUCCUGGUAAUCCAUGAUAAUCUUUAAACUUCUAGCAUCUCAGAAAAUACAUUUAUUUUAUUUUUUGCUUUAACUUCCUGCAAAUUAAUAAUAUAAUUGACUGCUGCUUACUCUCAGGACUCUUUCAAAGAGCAAGAUUUUCUUCUAAGUCCUCUACCCUGAAGGAAUCCUAAAUUAUUAAUUGUUAGAUAUGCUUUGUAUGUCCAAGUUUAUGGUUGAUGUGCAUGUGUAUAUAUUAUAUAAAUAUAGAUGUAUAUGUAAAUAUGUUCAUUCUGGAGUCUGGCACAACUCUAGUAUAUGGAUUAGAAAGUAAAAUAUGAUGGAUGAUAAAGUCCUAGAUGAAACAUAAUAUUUAUUUAUGGGAGCAUGUACAUUGUGAACUCACAAAUGAAGAGCAGUAAACAGUGUGUAUGACUCAGACAGUGCACCCUGACGUCACUACUGCCCGAUCUUUAUAUUCCCCCAACAGAAAGCUUCUUAGGGGGCAUGCUGAUAUUUUACUUCCAGGGAAUUUGUUGGCAUAUUUCACUUGGUAUGUGAUCCAGGCUUACAAGUACCUAAUAAUGACCAGCUUUCAUGUUCCUCAGGCCAAUCAUGUUCAUCAGGAGCAUUCUGUUUUCUGUCUGUACUCAUACUUCUUGGUUUGUGGAUAGAAAGGCAGCAAGAAUACUUUUUUUUUUUUAUAAACUUGAACAUGUUUUGGUGGUUACACCAUCUCAGAAUACCCCAUUCCCAUAAAGAGCUGAAAGGAAUGGGGCUGCAUCAAAAAUGAUACAAUUUAACAGAUAGAACUAAUUGUUACAGAAACUAAUGCCAUAGAUUUUAAGAGAAAAAAAUGGUAAUAUUUGGGGGGGGGAGCUUUUCUGUCUGUUUCGAAACAAAACUCAUUUGUGUUCUUUCGGGGAACCAGUGCCUUAUGGAAUUUGUAUAUACUGUAAUUAUUCAGGGUUAGGGAACAAGCAGUUGUAUUUGUUACAAAUUGUGUAUGACUUGUUUUCUUAUUUCCCUCAAUAAACCGGUGUCUUUCUCCCCAUAAAAAA